AAGCCCGCCAUUUUGUGAAUGAAACAGCUAGCUGGUUAGCUUGUUGUCUUAUCCUAUUUGUUACUGCAGCACACUUCGGACGGCAGACGGGUCGCUCGAAUAGGGUAUUUGAUUGUUGCGUUUCAUAACUGGUGGUUCCACUAGGUAAACCACAUAGAUCCGAUCAUUUAACCAUAUUCGUGAAGACCUUAUUUUGUAAACAUGAGUUCCAAUUCCAACUAUGGGAGACCUCCGCCCGCGAUUGAAGGCAUGACUUCACUGAAAGUGGACAACUUGACGUACCGUACCUCACCAGAAACACUUCGCCGUGUCUUCGAAAAGUACGGAAGAGUCGGAGAUGUCUACAUCCCAAGAGAUCCAUAUAGCAAGGAGAGCAGAGGCUUUGCCUUUGUUCGGUUCCACGACCAACGAGACGCAGAGGACGCGAUGGACGCAAUGGACGGUGCCUUCCUAGACGGCCGCGAGCUACGGGUGCAGAUGGCCCGCUACGGAAGACCCCCAGACUCUCACCACGGACGCGACGGCGGACGAGACGGCGGACGAGAUGGACGUGAUGGACGUCGUGGUGGACCACCGCGGAAAAACAGCGGACACCGCAGUAGAAGCCCGAGACGGCGGAGACGCAGCCGGUCCAGGAGCAGAAGCCGCUCCCGAUCACACAGCCGAUCCCGGUACAGCCGGUCCAGAUCCCGAUCCAAGUCCAACUCCCGUUCACGGUCCCGUUCACGGUCCCGCACCCGCAGAAGCAAGACCAAGUCCCCGUCCCGCUCCAGGUCCAGGUCCAGGUCCAAGUCCAAGUCCAGGAACAGAUCUCCAAUGUCCAACAAAGGAUCGAAGUCCGGAUCGAAGUCCAGAUCGAGGUCCAAGAGCCCGCAGUCGAAGAGCCCGCGAUCCAAAAGCCCGCGAUCCAAGAGUCCGCGAUCCAAAAGUCCGCGAUCCAAGAGUCCGCAGUCGAAGAGCCCGCGAUCCAAGAGUCCGCAGUCGAAGAGCCCGCGAUCCAAGAGUCCGCCAUGUAUGAGCCCGCAGUCCAAAAGCCCGCCUAAGUCACCGGGGGCGAAUGGAUCUACGACCCCUUGAAGCAGCGGCAUGCGACAUAUGUCUUCAGGUGUGACCCCCCACCCAACCCCCACCCCCCCCCCCCCUCCUCGGACCCCGGCGUCGGCAGCCUCUGGAUGUGAACCCUGCUGCCAGUCACUGCUGGGAUAAAAGGUUGUUAUUGUGUCCAUCUGAAAGUUUCUUUAAAAAAAACAACAAACAAACAAACAAAAAAAAAAAGACAACAAAAAUGUCAGUUUGUUUUCUUUCUCCCCCCUCCUCUCUUCUGCUUAGUUCUGUUUUGCUUUUUUUUUUUUUUUGCAGCUUAGCAGGAUGUUUUUAUGUUUCUUGUAGCACAAAUUAUACAUUUUUCUUAUACAUUUAUAUUUAUAAGAAAAGCAAGAGAAACCCCUUUUGUGAAUGUUGUCAUGAGUUGACUAGGGUGAGCUUGUGGUACCUUAAGGUAAAUGGGUCUUAUAUGGUGGUGUUGGGUUUGCUCAUGUGACGGUGGAAUGGGAACCUUCAUAAAUGUAUAUUGCCACAGUGGGGUCUUAUUUUGAGUGUUUAAUUAAUUAAUUGAUUGAUUGAUUGAUUGAUUGAUUGAUUGAUUGAUUAAUUACAUUAAGUAAAAUAUUCCACUGGCAUGUACAAUCUCAUGGAUCAUUUUGGCCUAAUGCUAACAUCAACCCAUGUUCCCCCCCCCCCCCCCCCAAAAAAAAACGUUGAUUUUGUGAAGUGAUUUUUCUUUUGACUCUUUUGACGGCGUCUAACCCUCUCUCCUGUGUAUGUGUUUGGGCACUAGGCGCGGGUGAGUAGCCGUUGAGUUGUGCUGGUUAGCUGUUUAAGAUGCCGUGUUGCUGUGCAGAGUGCUUGGCUGUUUCCAGUUUUCUCCAGAUAUCGCCAGGGGUAACAGUCGCCCCGGUGACCACUGAGUAAAAAAGCGGGUGGCUUCAAGUGGCCCUAUUUUUUCUUCUUGUUUUGGAAAUGCAUCCCAAAUGUUUUGUCAUCACACUUUAAUUUUUUGUACUCUUCUUAACUGAAAUUGAUGCUCUCAAUGUGUGUGUGCGAGCAGAAGCGAAUCUGUCCAUCUGGCUCGUAACUGACUGUAGUCUCCACAAUUGGUCCAUUUCUGUAAAUCUAUCAUCUGUACCCAUAAGAUCAAUAAAAGCAGUGAGCCAA